GUCUGAGUGUUGGUAAUGCUUUUUGCAUUAAUGAUCACUGGGCAGGAGAGAGAGUUUGCACAGUGUUAUGCUGCAUGACGCUCAUUCAUCUGAGAGUCUAGAGCCAUGCUAGCACCGACGUGUACUUUGAGCCAAAUGUUAUCAACGGCAUGCUCACAGUGCCAAUGCUAAUGUACUGAUGGUUAGCAGGUAACGUUUGCUAUGUCUUAGUCUAGCUUGUUAGUAUGCUGACUUUUGCCCAUGAGCGCAACACAAAGUACAGUCAAGGCUGAUGGGAAUGUCAUUAGUUCUGCAGGUACAGGUAAAUUAAUUUUCAUUCAUUUUGCUUGGUGCAAGAAUAGCAUGUUUACCAUAUAGGCUAAACUAGUAAACCUCAACCGAAGUAUAGGUUUCGCUUUCCUCUGCAGGCUGGUCGGAAAUGAAACAGCACUUUCCAUGGAUGGUGGCCACCAAAUAACCAACAACUCCUGCAGCUGUGCCUUAAUACGGCCCAAUAAGACCCAAAAACCAUGACACGGUGUCCUAAAGAAAACCUUUUCAUGUUAACAUUAACAGAUGUUCGCAGCAUUAUAUAACAAACAACAAUCAGUUGACACACAUUAUCACACAGAUGUUGUGAAAGAUAGAGGAGUUGGAUGGUGCAUGUUGUUUGAGACAAUAGGGAAGUGAUUCUGGCUAAUUAUACACUCGAUGGGCUACCCCAGGCACCUGUUACUUUCAGCCCAUCACCGAACAUCAAUGUGACAAUGUUCUUUAAGCACUUGAUCCAACUUGACAGCAGGAAUCACAGCAGGACCUCUCCUCCAACUCCAGACUGAACAAUGUUCUUCCACCUGAUGUGUGUGUCACUGCUGGGCCUGUGGUGUUUCCUGCCCCUGUCGACAGCCAGGGUUUCCUACCCAAAAACUCUGCCGUGUGAUGUUGAUGAGACCAACAAUGGGAGCACGGUGACGGUGGACUGCACUGAGAAAAGCCUCACUGAUAUUCCCCGCGACAUCCCCAGAGACACAACCAACCUGACGCUCACCAUCAACCACAUUCACAGAUUAAACUCCACCUCCUUCCGAGGUUUGGAGAACCUGACUGAGAUUGACAUGAGGUGCAACUGUGUGCCCAUCAAAAUCGGCCCCAAGGACCGCAUGUGCCUUCAGAGUGUGACAAUAGAGGAUAAUACCUUUACCAGCCUGAGGAAUCUGCGAGUGCUGUAUCUGGAUGGCAAUCAACUCGAAAGUAUACCCAAAGGCCUGCCUUCAAACCUGACGCUGCUGAGCCUGGAAGUAAAUCACAUUAGCUCUAUUUCUAAAGCAAACCUCUCUGAGAUCAGAAAUGUUCAGAUACUUUACCUCGGCCAAAACUGCUAUUUUCGCAACCCAUGCAAUUAUUCCUACUCUAUAGAGGAGGGUGCCUUUCUUCAGCUUAACAAUUUAACAUUGUUAAGUCUUAAGUCAAAUAACUUAUCCUUUAUUCCACCUCUCCUACCCACAAGUCUGAAGGAGUUGUACCUCUACAAUAAUAACAUUCUAAAAGUCACUGAUGAGGAUUUCAAAAACUUGACGAACCUUGAGAUUCUGGACAUCAGCGGAAACUGUCCUCGAUGUUACAAUGCGCCUUUCCCAUGCAACCCAUGCCCAAACGAUUCACCUCUGAAUGUCAGCAGGAACGCCUUCAAAAUGUUGAAGAAACUGAAGACGCUCCGCAUGCACAGCAACUCCCUGACAUCUGUGCCGGCUGAGUGGUUUGCCAGCAUGACAGAGCUCAAACAGCUCGACCUCUCAUCAAACUUUUUAGGGAGGGCGAUAGGAGACACCACCUUCCCACAUUACCUGGGCAAACUGGAGGAACUGGACCUUUCCUUCAACUAUGACCUGCAGAGGUACCCCCAGACGCUGAGGCUGAGCUGCAGCUUCUCUGACCUCACAUCGCUUAAAAUUCUCAGGCUAAAGGGCUUCGUGUUUCAGCAGCUACUGCCAGAGAGCAUUGAUCAUUUAAAACCUCUGAGAGGCUUAGAGGUUCUAGAUUUGGGCACAAACUUCAUUAAAAUGGCAAACCUUAGCACUCUGAUGGAAUUAAAAAGCUUUAAAAUAAUCAGUCUGUCUGACAACAAAAUAUCCUCCCCUUCUGACGGGGAGGGUCCCGUUGGUUUCUCCGGAGGGGAGCCCCUGGACUGGUCGCCCAUGUCGGCUACUGAUCAGUACCAAAACGGGGAAGCGAGAGAGAUUCAUUACUUCAGAUAUGAUGAAUAUGCACGCAGCUGCAAAUACAGAGAUAAAGAGCUCGGAGUCAUUACGACGCUUGUCAAAGGGAAAUGCAGCCGUUUUGGCAAAACCCUGGAUGUGAGCAGAAACAACAUCUUCUUCUUGCAUUCGAGAUUUUUAAACCUUGGCGAGCUGAGAUGCCUCAAUCUGUCAGGGAACGCAAUGAGCCAAAGUCUGAAUGGCUCAGAAUUCACCUACCUGACUAACCUCAAAUAUCUGGACUUCUCCUUUAAUCGGCUGGACCUGCUCCACUCCACGGCAUUUCAAGAGCUGAAGAGUCUGGUCGUCUUGGAUAUAAGCAACAACAACCAUUAUUUUGAGUCGGAGGGCUUGACUCACAUGCUUAAUUUUACUAGAAAUCUGAAAAAUCUCAAGAUUCUGCUGAUGAACAACAACAAGAUUUCUACCUCCACUAACACAGAGCUGGAGAGUCAAUCCCUAGAGAGGUUAGAGUUCAUAGAUAACCGGUUAGAUAUUUUGUGGAGGGAUGGGAACGACAAAUAUUUCAAUUAUUUCAAGAAAUUAAUUAAUCUGAGUGUCCUCGACAUCUCUAGUAACAACCUCAAUUUCAUUCCAAAAGAUGUGUUCAGCGGCUUUCCAGACAAACUGUCUGAGCUUUACAUUAAAGACAACAGACUAAACUACUUUUCUUGGGGCCAAUUACAACUUCUCCAUUCUUUGAAAGUCUUAGAUCUCAGUGGAAACUACCUAACCACUGUCCCACGCGUGCUGUCAAACUGCACCACGUCCCUGGAGAUGUUCAUUUUACACAAUAACCAUAUCCUAAAACUAACGCCCGAUUUUCUCAAGGAUGCCUUCAGCUUAAAACAUCUGGAUCUCAGUAACAAUAACAUAAAGCACAUCGAAAAAUCUAGCUUCCCGGACAAUGUUGUUAAUAAGAUGGACAAGCUGCUUCUGCACAAAAAUGAUUUCCAAUGCAACUGCAAUGCCUCUUGGUUUGUCACGUGGCUCAACAGCACCAACGUGACCAUCCCGAGACUGGCCACAGAAGUGACCUGUGCCUCUCCGGGGGCACAAAAAGGCCGCCCUGUGGUCUCAGUGGACCUGCUGGCCUGCCAGCACAACUACCUGUCGAUCAUCUUCUGCAUCCUCAUGUCUUCUCUCGUCCUCGGCUUCCUCACCCUGUCCGUCUCCAGCCACCUCUUCCUGUGGGAUGUCUGGUACAUCUACCACUUCUGCAGCGCCAAGCUCAAAGGCUACACCCGCCUGCAGUCCCAGAGCUCCGUCUAUGAUGCUUUCGUGAUAUACGACAAGGAGGAUACUGCAGUGACGGAGUGGGUGAUGAAGGAAAUGUGCGUUCAUCUGGAGGAACGCGGAGACCGGCCCCUGACGCUGUGCCUGGAGGAACGGGACUGGAUCCCUGGGUGCCCCCUGAUCGACAACCUCUGCCAAAGCAUCCACAGGAGCAAGAGGACCAUGUUCAUUCUGACCAGCAGGUACAUCAAGAGUGGCAACUUCAAGACAGCGUUCUACAUGGCCCACCAAAGGCUAAUGGAUGAAAAGGAUGACGUCAUCGUGCUGAUCUUCCUGGAGAAAGUGCAAUGCAAUUCGAAGUACCUGAGAUUAAGGAAGAGGCUGUAUAAGAGGUCUGUGCUGGAGUGGCCAACAAACCCUCUGGCCCAGCCAUACUUCUGGUUCAGCCUGAGAAGCGUGCUGGCAACUGACAGCCACAAACAAUACAACAACCUCUUCAAAGAGACACUGUAAAUAGACCAGAAGAGGCAGUUCAAUCUUAAUUUUUGUUUCCCUAUAAAUGUACUUCUGCAUAUGAAUAACAAUGUGUGAACACGUAACGCGUAUUUUCUUGCAUCAGUCAACAAAGAGGAAGACAACGGUAAAAUGAGUGAUUAAAAGUGUGCUUACUGUAAAUACCCCAUUC